AUGGCUCGCUCCAUGCUCGCCCUAUCGGCGGCGUAUGUACUUGGAUUACUUGCUCUUGUGCAGUCUCAGACCUCAACCACAACAUCCCCGGGUGCCGUCUUUACAAUACCUGCUUCUGCAGAUGAAGGCCAGCCUCUGAUACCAAACAUUAUAGACCCACAAGCGGUCGACCCUCAAUCUGUCUGUCCUGGCUACACGGCUUCAAAUGUUGUCGAAACAGCCAAUGGAAUCACUGCAGAUUUGACCCUGGCUGGAUCUGCCUGCAAUGUAUACGGCAACGACAUUGAGGAUCUCACUCUUACAGUCGAGUAUCAGGAUGUCGAUCGCUUGCAUGUGGAGAUCCAGCCCAGAUACAUUGGUCAAGAGAAUAGCACCUGGUUCAUCCUGCCUGAAGAAAUUCUUCCUAAGCCUGGGAUUGACACCGACGGAUGUGCUUCUAAGAGUGACUUGUAUUUUACUUGGAGCAAUGAUCCAACAUUCUCUUUCACUGUUACGCGCAACAGUACAGGAGAUGUUCUCUUCAGCACCGAAGGGACCAAGCUGGUCUAUGAGGAUCAAUUCAUUGAGUUCAAGACUGGGCUUCCAGAAGACUACAAUCUUUACGGUCUUGGAGAGGUCAUGCACGGCUUGAGGCUCGGAAAUAAUCUCACGAGGACUCUUUUCGCAGCAGAUGUUGGCGACAACCUUGAUGCCAAUAUCUACGGACACCACCCUGUUUAUUAUGACACCCGGUAUUUUGAGGCAGACAACGCUGGACAACUAACCUACGCUACCAAUACCAAUGACACGUCCAAAACUUACAAGUCUUACACUCAUGGUGUUUUCCAACGCAAUGCUCACAGCCAGGAAAUCCUGUUAGAGGCGCCCGGCAUUACGUGGAGAGCGCUUGGUGGAGAGAUUGAUCUCUAUUUCUUCCAGGGACCUACCCAAGACGCUGUCACCAAGUCUUACCAAAACAGCAUCAUCGGACUGCCAGCUUUCCAACAGUGGUGGACUUUUGGCUAUCACCAGUGCCGAUGGGGUUACAACAACUGGACGGAGCUUCAAGAAGUCGUUGACAAUUUUGCCAAAUUUGAAAUUCCGCUUGAAACUAUAUGGAAUGAUAUUGAUUACAUGAACCAAUACCGGGACUUUGACAACGAUGCGAUUCGUUACCCGUAUGAUGAGGGCGCUGAAUUUCUCGAGAGACUUCACGCCAACAACCAGCACUACGUACCUAUCGUAGAUUCGGCAAUCUACUCCCCCAAUCCAGAGACUGAGCAAGGACAAUAUCCCAUCUAUGACCGAGGUGUUGAGCAGGAUGCCUUCCUCUUGAAUCCCGAUGGUUCAUUAUACGUAGGAGCCGUUUGGCCUGGUUACACGGUGUUCCCUGAUUGGAUCGGUUCCAUCUUUAAUGGUACUGGCGCAAACAAGUGGUGGGCCUCGGAGUUCACAACUUGGUACGAGAAGGUCAAGUUCGACGGUAUCUGGAUCGACAUGUCAGAAGUCUCCAGUUUCUGUGUUGGCAGCUGUGGAAGUGCCAACUUGACUCUCAACCCUGCCCAUCCCCCUUUUCUGCUUCCUGGCGAGCCUGGCAACCUGGUCACCACUUACCCAGAGGGAUUCAAUCUGACCAACGGUACUGAGGUGACCACAACAUCGACCUCUACAGUAGCCGAGGCCACCACGACAUCGUCUUCUACUUCGACCUCUUAUCUCCGCACAACACCUACACCUGGAGUGCGAAACAUCAACUACCCGCCAUACACAAUCAACAACUUUCAAGGAGUUGACUUGGCCGUCCACGCUGUCAGUCCCAACGCAACGCAUCAUGGUGGCACCCUUGAAUACGACUUCCACAACGUCUAUGGCCACCAGAUUCUGAACGCCACCUACCACGCUCUCCUCGAGGUAUUCCCAGGCAAGCGCCCCUUCAUCAUUGGACGAUCUCAGUUCGCCGGUUCCGGAAAAUGGGCAGGUCAUUGGGGAGGCGACAACAACUCUCUCUGGGCCUACAUGUUCUUUUCCAUUCCCCAGGCAUUGUCGUAUUCCCUGUUUGGAUUUCCCAUGUUUGGCGUUGAUACCUGCGGUUUUGGCGGCAACACGGAUAUGGAGCUCUGCGCUCGAUGGAUGCAGCUCUCGGCCUUCUUCCCUUUCUACCGCAACCACAAUGUCUUAUCUGCCCUGCCGCAGGAGCCCUAUCGAUGGUCUGCCGUGGCUGAUGCUUCCAAGGUGGCCAUGAAGAUUCGGUAUGCACUAUUACCUUACCUGUAUACCACUUUCUAUCUCAGCCACUCAACCGGCUCUACGACUUUACGCGCGCUCGCCUGGGACUUUCCCGACGAGCCUUGGUUGGCCGCCGCUGACCGCCAGUUCCUCCUCGGCGACGCCAUUCUCGUCACGCCUUGCUUGGUCCAGGGUGCCGACACGGUAGACGGAGUCUUUCCUGGCGUCGGAUCGGGUACGAUCUGGUAUGACUGGUACAACCAAACCGCCGUCACGGGUGUUGCCGCCGGCCAAAACGUUACGAUUGCGGCUCCUCUGGGACACAUUCCCGUUUAUGUCAAGGGCGGCAAGGUCGUGCCACUACAGGAGCCGGCCCUGACUACGGCAGAUGUGAGGAAGAGCCCGUACAGCCUCCUCGUUGCACUCGAUGGAGAAGGCAAGGCGUCUGGUGGGUUGUACAUUGAUGAUGGCGAAAGCCUCGAGACGGAGAGCACUUGGAUCGACUUCGAGGCUACCUCUAGCAGCCUCGAGGCCAGCCCCAGCGGUAGCUUUGCCGAGACCAAUGCCCUCGCCAACGUCACUGUCUUGGGUGUACAGGGCAACCCGGCGACAGUGCAGCUCAACGGUGAGGAUGUCGGAUCCUUGUUUGCAUUCGACGCCGAAUCUCAGAAACUCAGCAUCACGGGCCUGGAUCAGCUGACCCAGGAGGGGGCCUGGGCAAGGGAGUGGACUUUGACCUGGUCGUAG